CUGUCCUUGCUGCUCUUGGGUGUGAACGAUGCGCUGUUGCUUGAGUUCCUCUGCCUGCUGAAACAAAUGUAGCGUUCUAGUAUAUUACACCAUGUUGGUGCGGCCUCAUAUUAAAUGCUGUGUGCAGUUCUGGGCACCCUGAGGAUGGUGAAGGGCAUUUCCUCGUUGGGAAACCAUAGGAGGAGCAGCUGAGGUCACUUAGUCUGUUCAGCCUGGAGAAGGGGAGGCUACGGGGCGACCUCAUUGUGGUCUUCAGCAUCUUUGUGAGCAGGCACUGAUCCUUCUCUGUGGUGACCAGUGACAGGACCUGAGGGAACAGCCUGAAGAUGUGUGAAGGGAGGUUGAGGUUGGAUAAUAGGAAAAGGUACAUCACCCAUAGGGUGGUUGGGCAAUGGAACAGGCUCCCAGGGAACUGGUCACAGCACCAAGUGUGACAGAGUUCAAGGAGCAUUUCGACAACAUUCUCAGGUACAUGGUGUGACUGUUGGCGGUGGCAACUCAGACUGUUCUGUGAUUCUGACAGAAUGGUGGUUUGUAAAGGAAAUGGCCAUCUAGAGCAAUCUGUGGGGACAAUAACUAAAUGAGCAGCCCCCCCUCUUGACCUCAGUGAGCGAGAUCCCCAUGGAUGAGCUGGCUUGUACCAUGGCAGUACCUUCCCUUGGACAGGGUUUUCACCCACCUGCGUGGUGGCUGUCCCUGGCUGCCCACAGACCUGCCUCGCAGAACAACAGCGCUCUGACGCUGAGGCCUGAUUUUGGCUUCAUCAACUUUCAGGUCAGUUAGUUUCAUAUCUGUACACUGACCUUCAGUAUCAGAAGUCAGAUAACAUUGGAAGCUAUGUAUUCCAGCUUCUGAUAACAGGUACUAACCUACUUUUUCAGGUCUUAUCACCAGGUCUGAUCUACUGAGUUUUGCACUUGCAAUCUUAAUUUGAGGAACAGGUUGUCCAGAGGAGUUGUGGAGUCUUCCCCACUGGAAAUACUCAGGAACUGACUGGACACAAUCCUGUGCCAUGUGCUCUAGGAUGACCCUGCUUGAGCAGGGAAGUUGGACCAGAUGACCCAUUGUGGUCCCUUCCAACCUGAGCCAUCCUGUGAUUCUGUAAAUGUAGAGGCCACUUCCUCUAUUAGGAGGGCAAGAUGAACAUUUGUUAUUGGGAAGAUGAGUAGCGUUUGUUAAUGUGACAUUCAUCAGAUGAAUGUAAGGAUAGCUAAUUUUCACUAAUGUUAAGGAAUUUAAUGUGUUCUUCUAAGGCUGAAUCAGUAGCUGGGAGAAAAUCUCAUGGAUUUAUUUUUGUCAAGGACCAUGAACUCUGCCAUAGAACUAUGUUGCAUGGUACACACCAGCCAGGAAACAAGUGUAAUGUUAUUUUGAGUAGCAGUUGAUUUGCAUGUCUGAGCUGCAGGUGUGUGUAAUACGUUUUGCUGUUAUAAGAAGUAAAGGGAGAAUAGUCUUCCAUAAAAUAGAGAAAAUUAAACAGCAAGUUCUUUAAAUCAUUGCUCAGGAGACAUUUUUUCCAGGCUCUUCAUGCAGUCAUCCUGCUGAGUCAAUAACACUGAAGUCCAAACAUGUUUGUGACAAGAUUUCUUUCAGUCAAGUCAAACAAAAAUAAGUACUGCCCUUACUUCUGGUGGGACAUAAGAGAGGAAGAUGAAGUGAGAAUUUCCCAGUGAACUCAGAAGGCUGAUCUGUGUUAACUGUAUGUGCUCUAAGUAGAUGUGUUGUGUUAUAGCUCACACAGGAAUUGAAAUUGCCUUGAAAAGACUUGACAUGUUGGACUCUUGAGAUAUCGAGUGUUUGGACUGCAAGAACCAUGAUAGUUUCAGUUGAAAGUAAGGGUCAUCACUCUUCUCCCAGGUUCAGGUCCUCCCAGCUGUGUUUCUGCAAAAAUACGGCCUAAUGUAACUAGAAAGUUUAAAAUUAAUAAAGAAUUAUGGGGCUUCUCCUUUGCUUUCAUUUUUUAAUGGUCACCUUGUGGGAAAAUGCUGAUGUAGGGAUUUCUUUUGCACCUAGUUAAUUUACAGCCAGCAGCGCCAAAAUGAAACUGAAAGUUUUGUUAGCACUUCUGAGAAAUGCUGAUUGCUAUCUAUAAUCUAACUUUUAAUUCCCAGAGAAGAAACUAAGAGUAUAGAAAAGGAGUGAAGAAAAUGCACAGGUCAGAAGAUGGACAAGGGGGAUAGAGGAUGUUCAUGUGUUUGCUUUGGAAAAGAACACACAGACUGGACAGAGGUUUUACCUUGUGACAACGUAUGAAGAGCUUUGGUUUUAUUACACCCAAGGUUGUAAAACAAGUCUUAUGCAUUGCUAUGAAGUAAUUCCUGAAAAAGAACCUUGCAAGCUUUAUUUUGAUUUGGAGUUUUACAAACCAGCAAAUCCUGAUGCAGAUGGCAAGAGUAUGGUCAUGAAGUUAAUUGAGCUUGUCAGCCAAAAAUUAAAAGAAUUUUAUGAUGUAAAUUGUUCAUCAGAAGAUGUCUUGAACUUGGAUUCCAGUACUGAGGAAAAAUUUAGUCGGCACUUAAUAUUUCUACCUGAAAAGACUGUAUUUAAGGAUAACACUCAUAUUGGUAACUUUGUGAGAACCAUUUUGCAGCCUGCCAUAAGAUUAAUGGAGAGCAGGGCUGUUGUGAUUCCAACAGAAGAAGCAGAGAAUGUUUUCCGGUGUUCUGCAGGACCUGAAUUAGAUGGUUCUCUUACAAACCUCACAACUGUUAAAGAUGAUUCUAAAGAUGGGCCAGCCAUUGCUCAUGAAACAAAGGCUAUGGAAAUGCCACACCAGGGAGAAAAUUUGGAUUUUUCCUUCCUAAUAGUAAAGGAUAAAGAAGGCAACAAGCAGCUUUUUGUGGAUCUAGGAGUUUAUACAAAGAAUAGAAAUUUCCGGAUGUAUAAGUCAUCAAAAGCAGGAAAAAAUGUGAUUCUGAAGAUAGCAGAGGAUAAUAAGUUUGUUCCCAACUGUGAAAAGAGUGUUUCCUUGGAAGAAGCAUAUUUUCUUUCCUCUCUAAUCUGCAAUGUUGGAGCAAGUGAUGACAUAAAAGUUCUAUCAUCUGGCUUUUCAGAGGAGAGAAAAAUGUCUGCUUUUUUAAACAGCAAAACUACCAGAAGCAGCAGAGAUCCCAUGGAAGGUUACCAGGGUUCACCAUAUCCAGAAAUUGAUAAUUUUGUUCAUUCUUUGGUUAAUAAAGAUGGACUACAAGGAGGGAUACGACAGUGGAGUUACUUCUCUCUCAAAGAACUACUUAUUUAUGAUAUUUAUGGUUACCGUUGGUGUGAAAAUAUUGGAAGAGCUCACAAAAGUAACAAUAUAAUGAUUCUCAUAGAUCUAAAGAAUGAAGUCUGGUAUCAAAAGUGUCAUGAUCCUGUCUGCAGAGAACAAAACUUCAAAUCUCAAAGUUUUCCAUUGCCACCUGGGAUAUGCCUCCCCUCUCUUUUCAAAGAGGAAGAGUCCACACUAAUGGAUGACAGGGGGCACACAGAAGGAAAAGUAAAUCCACAUUCUAAUGUGUCAGACUUGUCAAAAAGCUCAGUAUUUCCAGAGAACAGCUGGUCUCAAGACUUCCUGUUGUCAGACAAUGAGUGGGAAAACACAAGUGAUGAUGCCCAUUUCCUAGAAGCUGCUGAAGAUGUGGAACUAGCUGAAGCUGCAGAUGACAGUCUGAAUUAUGGCAUGGAAGAAAUCCCAGAUGAAGUUCUUUUGGAAGCUUUAAGGAAAGAAGACCCCUACACUAAAGAAGGCAGCUAAGCACAGUUGGCUAGCAGUGAAUGACACUUGUGUGUCGCAUGCUGAUGUGGAAGUUCCUGCAGGGUGGUUCACAAGCACCACUCCAGAGCUGUAAGACAAAGAAUGGAGUGCCUGGAUGAACUUCAACAGGCAUGAGGGGAUCAUGGAAGAUUACGUGGGGGCUGAAGAGACUAAAAAACUCUUUAUGAAUGCUGCUCCAAGCUUAGCACCUUUAAUGAUCUUUGCUGUACAAUUUCUAUUUUAUUAGUUGUAUGUCCAACUUUUAUUGAGAAACCAACAAUUUAUGGACUUCUUAUUUCCAUAAAUGAUGUGAAAUAAUUUAUUUCAAAUGUAAAUUUAAUAAAAAGAUUUGUUUAUUCAUCUUUGUUCAACCAGA